AGAAUUUCUUCAUUAGAACAAUAAAAUAAGAAUGGCUAAAACUCUAAAAUUGUUAAGUGGUGAAGUAAUGCCAAUAGUGGGACUAGGAACAUGGAAGUCGAAACCUGGAGAGGUAGAAAAUGCUGUCAAAACUGCAAUCGACAAUAAUUAUAAACUUAUAGAUUGCGCUUAUGCUUAUGGUAAUGAAGAGGAGGUGGGUAGAGCUUUAAAAGAAAAAUUUCAAAGUGGUCUUAAGAGGCAGGAAGUGUUCAUUACAAGCAAGUUGUGGAAUACACGUCAUCAUAAAGAAGAUGUUAUCCCAUCUCUAAAAGAAUCAUUGACCAAUCUAAAUGUUGACUACUUAGACUUAUUCUUGAUUCAUUGGCCUACAGCUUUCAAGCAAGGACGAGAAAAUUUUCCCAAAGAUGACGAAGGAAAUCUUAUAUACGAUAAAGUUUGCCAUCUUGAAACCUGGAAGCAAAUGGAAGAAUGCGUUAAACUAGGUUUGACAAAGAGUAUUGGAGUAUCUAACUUUAAUAGCAAACAAAUUCAAAACAUUCUUGAUAAUUGCUCAAUAAAACCAGCUAAUCUUCAGAUUGAGAUACACGCCUACUUUGGUCAAAAAAAACUCGUGGAUUUUUGCCAUAAAAAUGGGAUAACUGUUACUGCUUACAGCCCCUUAGGUUCACCAGACAGGCCAUGGGCUGGAACCAGAGAAGAACCAAUUCUACUUAAGGACCCUGUCAUAGAAAAACUAGGUCAAAAAUAUUCGAAAACACCCGGACAAAUUCUUCUUAAAUGGCUGGCACAAAGAAAUAUCGCUGUUAUUCCGAAGAGCGUAACACCCUCCAGGAUUCAGCAGAAUCUGAACAUUUUUGAUUUUACUAUAUCUGAUGAAGAUGUGAAGAUUAUUGAUAGUAUCGAUAAGAAUUAUAGAUACAUUGCACCCGUCGUAGAAGUGAAUGGUAAGAUAGAAUUUAGAGACGGUAAAGCUCCGGACUUCCCAUUUUAUGAAGAAUUUUAA